CAACCAUCAUAACAUAAAGAAGCUGUUGAAAUAAGAUAACUUCCGGGAGAUGAUAACCAUUAUGAAUGCGAUGAAUAUAUUCCAUGAAAGAUCCCCAAACCAAAAUCAUUUCUGGCUCAAAAACGAUUUGUUUCAUGUAACUGAACCGGAGAUGACCAAAAAGCCAUGCAAACUCUCAAAAUGGAUUGUCAAAGCAAUGAUUAUAGUAGCCGUGUUUAUAUUCGCAAUUCUUUUUAUGUGGCACAAGUUUUACAGUCGUAAAAUUGUAAGUCAUAAGAAUUUUACAUUAAAUGGAGAUGGAAAGCGCAAAACACAAGACGAACGGUACGCCGACUACUUCAUUUUACGUAAAAAUAAAAUUAAUCCUUUUUCAGUAAAUUUCACUUUAAUGAACGAAAAUUUAUGUGAUGGAAGAACGUAUUUGAUAAUUAUUAUUCCUUCAAAAGUACAGAACAGUCGACAACGCCAUGCAAUCCGUUCAACAUGGGCAAUGUCAACGUCUACAUUAGUAAGACAUGUGUUCCUAGUUGGCUAUAGCUUGAACACAUCAUGGAACGAUAACAUACGAAAAGAAAGCAGAGUUUUCAAAGAUAUUUUACAAGGUGAUUUUGUAGACUCGUAUUAUAAUCUGACAUUAAAUAUUUUAAUGGGAUUAGAAUGGUCACAUUUGUUUUGUUACAAUGCAACAUUUAUUUUGAAAGCAGACGACGACACGUUUGUUAAUACCCCCUAUUUAUUACACGUUCUACAAACAAACGUCUCAUUUGACUAUAGAGGUGUGAUAAUAGGAAAACUAAAUAAAGACGGAAAAGUGAGACGCAACGGGGUAUGGAAAGUAGGAACAGAUUCAUACCCAUUUCCGCAUUACCCCAACUAUAUGUUUGGAAAUACAUAUUUAGUAUCAAGGAAUAUUGCAAAUAGACUUGUAAAGGCCUCUGAGUACAUGCCAUAUUUACCAAUAGAGGAUGCGUAUAUCACUGGUAUUUUAGCUAAAUCAAUACGAACUAAACACCAGCACAUGAAUGGUUUUACAUUCUGGUAUGAUACUCCGCCUAAAGCAUGUGAUUUUGUGAAUUCUAAACGGAUAACAGCUACUAAGCUAUCGCCAAGAAUGAUGGAAUUUAUAUGGGGGAAAAUAAAUAGCAGAUAUCCAAACUGUUAGUUAAGGAUUUUUAUAUCCUAACAUUAGUUUAGGCAAUGACUGAUAUUAGUUACUAUUCAUGUUUUUUUACACAAUUUUAAAUUAAAUAUUUUAAUAUGAAUCAUGGGAUGUCCAAAUUUGUUUGAUUUGUUAUUGCUCCAUAUAUGGCCAUUGUACUCAAAUGUCUUUUGUACAUGUUGUAAGCGAAAUUAACGUGACCUAAAUAAAAUUGAGAAUGAAAUGGGAAAUAUGUCAGAGAGACAACAAUACGACUUAACUGUAGAUAAACAUAACAUACACAAAUCAUGGGUAAUAUUUUAAUAUACU